GUAACCGGCUUGCCUCGAAGACAGCAUGUCGGUGAUUCGGUUUAACGCGGUUGUUAACGGGUGACCACUGUGACUUUGAGCUGAAUACAUCUGUUGUAGUAAAACGGCCGAGGGUCGUAAAAGAAGUAUCUGUGUUGAGCUGUCAGUUAUGAUAUCAACGUACUCUUCGAAAUAUAUUCAACACAAAAUAAACAAAGUGCAAUCGCGACACAACGACACUACGACGACCGCCGGCGUAUUCGGCUGAAAGUCAAAAGAUUACGGGGGAGUGCCUCUAUCGUCUCUAGUAUACUGAAUGACCGUUCCAGGAGCAGAAAUGUCAUCUGCCAACGACAGUGGAGUUCGACUCACCCAGUUUAAAAACAAAGGGAAAGAUGCCAAUGAACUUAGACGAAGAAGAGCGGAAUUCACCGUGGAAAUCCGGAGAGCAAAGAAGGAGGAACAGAUAUUUAAAAGGAGAAACGUCCUGACCCUUCUUGACGAGCCAAUGUGUAUUCUAAAGGAUCUCAAAGUACAGCCUUUACAGCAAUGGACUCUGGGGGAGAUUGUCAUAGGUGUAAACAGCCAGAACUUAGAUCAUCAGCUGGAGGCCACACAGGCAGCCAGGAGAUUCCUCUCUAGUGAUUGUAACCCGUCUAUAGACUGUAUUAUCAAAGCAGGACUUAUCCAAAAGUUUGUUGGUUUUCUGGCAUAUUAUGAAUACCCACCGAUCCAGUUUGAGGCAGCAUGGGCCCUGACCAACAUUGCCUCAGGUACCUCAGAACAAACCACAGCCGUUGUUGAAGGAGGGGCUGUCCCAGCAUUUAUCAACCUGGUGUCAUCUCCCCACCUACACAUCAGUGAGCAGGCCAUUUGGGCUCUGGGUAACAUUGCAGGUGAUGGACCUAACUACAGAGACCUUGUGAUCAAACAGGGAGGUCUUCGGCAACUCCUUACUGUGCUUGAACACCAUGAUCUGGCAGAAUUUCCUCCUGGCUACCUGAGAAAUGUUACCUGGACCCUGUCAAACAUCUGUCGGAACAAGAACCCAGCUCCUCCAAUAGCGGCAGUGAACCAGCUGCUCCCAGCUCUCGCGCGCCUCAUUAACCAUGAUGACAAGGGGGUUCUGGCAGACAGCUGCUGGGCCAUAUCCUACCUGACGGAUGGUUCAAAUGAGAGAAUAGAGGUGGUGGUGCGAGCUGGCGUGGUGCCCCGCCUUGUUCAGCUGCUCUCCUUUGAGGAACUCUCCAUUGUGUCUCCAGCCCUACGGUCAGUUGGUAACAUUGUGACUGGGACUGAUGAGCAGACUCAGCGUGUGCUAAAUGCAGGUGCCUUGGCGAUGUUUCCCAGGCUGAUGCGCCAUCAUAAGUCAAAUAUCCAAAAAGAGGCAGCCUGGACAGUGUCCAAUAUCACUGCUGGCAAGGACAACCAGAUUCAGGAGGUCAUCAAUGCCGGCCUGAUACCCGUACUGGUGGAGAUUCUGCAGCAGGGAGACCACGUGACCCAGAGUGAGGCAGUGUGGGCUGUCACAAAUUACACCAGUGGUGGAACGGCAGAACAAAUAGCUUUCCUUAUCCACUGCGGCGUGCUGGAGCCUCUGCUAAACAUGCUGAAGGUCAAAGACAGCAAAAUCAUAUUAGUCGUUCUGGAUGCAGUCAGCAAUAUUCUACAGAUGGCACGCAAAACUGGUGAAAUUGAGAAGAUGUGCAUAAUGAUUGAGGAGAUUGGUGGUUUGGACAAGAUUGAAGCACUGCAGUACCAGGAAAAUGAAGCUGUGUACAAGUCCUCCCUCAACAUUAUAGAUCAGUUUUUCUCUGAAGAUACAGAAGAUGAGUCUAUUUGUCCUGAGGCUUUUGCAGAGAGUUAUACCUUCCAGAUCCCUGAAGACCAAUGUGCUUUCAAGUUUUGACCCUAAAAGCGUUUUCUUUGAAACAUAACCUUUGUACUUUUGUUGAUAUUUUUGUAUAAUGUCAGACAUGUCUCUUUUGCCCAUUCAACACCAGGACAAAUAUUCCUGUUUACCCAUUUGUAAAUAAAUUUUUACAAAUUCAA